AUGCUUGAUAGCUUUCAGACCACUGUCUUUGAGGACCGAGGCCUCUUUGAAGGCGCGAGCACAGCGACAAUCCGUGAGGAUUUCCAGAAAUGGGCAACGACUGCUAUACAGGAAGAGGGCGGCUCGCUUGAUAUGAUAGGGUCCUGGAGUUUUAGAGUGACACGUCAUCGUUUCUGUCUUUUUGUUGAUGAAGAAUCCCUACAAAGUGUUCUGCAGGCACCUAUUGAGGACUGCAUUAACAAACAUGCAUUCGCGAAUAUGCUGAAUGGGCGGUGGAAACCCGAGUCUAUUGAAGGUUACAGCCAGGAUGACCUUGACGAUGGUGAUAAAUUAGAGGAUCUAGUUGAUGAUGGAUAUGAUCCCAUUGAAGGGUACACUGUGAAGGAUGUUGGGUGGAUGAAGAUUGCUUUGUGUGAUGCGGGGCUGGAAGGGUUUGAAAAAUUGGGCGAGGGCUUUGAAUGGGAAAGAGUUUAUGAGCGACCCCAGAAAAUUUGUUGCAAUAUUUCAAACUUCCAUGCCCGGCAAUAG